AUGGCUUCAUCAGAUUGCUCAUGCAGCUCAUAUGAGAGAGGAGCAACCCCGUCAGAUUUGCCACAAAAGUUGAAGAGCAGCUUGGACGAACUCGAAGAGAAAAGGCGAACUCUUGAAAGAGAGGAUCGCCAAAUUCUAAAGCCCAUUCCCAAGAUACAAAAAGUCCAACCAUAUCUUCGAAAGCGAGACGACUUGGGCAGGUACUACCGCCCCAAGGUGGUAUCAUUCGGGCCCAUCCAUCAUGGAGAAGAUGAUCUCCAGGGAGGAGAGCGCUGCAAGAAGACAUGGGCAGCAAUGUACCUUAAAGAUAUCAAACGAAGUGCUGGAUCGCUAUUUAAAGAAAUUCGAAGUCGCCUGCAGGAACUGAAGGAGCUCUACACCGAGGACGCCAUUGAAGGCUUCCUCGAUAAGGAGGAGAAGCUUGCAUGGAUAUUCCUUUUGGACGCGUGUGCCCUGCUUGGAUUCCUCCAAAAAGUGAACACUGAGCGCCCAGAUGAAAACCUGCGGAUCAAGGAAGAUCAGCUGGUCCUUGUGCAGCAGGAUGUGCUCUUGCUGGAGAACCAACUUCCCUAUCCUCUGCUCAGGCUGUUGAGCAAUGCACGCGAGAGGGAGUUGGACAAUUGGAUAAAACAAUUUUUGUCCAGGUAUCAGAGGGAAAGGAUCACCGGCCAGGGAGCACCGACGGAAACGACUUGGAAUCCACCACCACAGGUGGAAAUAACAGUGGAGCAACCACCUCAUUUGCUGCAUCUUCUGCGCAAAUUCAUCCUGGUUGAUCCUGAUUGUGAUGAUAGAAAACCUGCGGACCCAGCGAAACGGGGAUCUCAAAAGUUUCCAACAUACAGAAACAUACAGGAGCUUGAAGCAGCAGGGAUUUCGGUAGCCAAGGGAGAUGGUAAAAAACUUACGGAUAUCAGAUUCGAUUGGGGAAUGACUCGCAGGGGUUUUGGGAGACUCUGGCUUAACAAGCUGAUCGUGGACGUUUUAACGCUUCCCACAUUCUUGAACUUGAUAGCGUAUGAGAUGUGCCCAGAUUUCAUGAACGGCUACGGGAUCAGCUCCUACGUAGCAUUUUUGGAUUCCCUGAUUGACCAUCCAGAGGAUGUGAAACAUCUAAGGAAAGCUGGGGUUCUCCACAACGUACUUGGCAGCGACGAAGAUGUGGCCAAACUCUUCAACAUUAUAAGCUCCGACUUGAUGCCCGGCACAGCGUAUAGGGAAGUAGGUCGUGACCUGGAGACGCGUUACAAUCAAAAAUACUUCACGUGGUUGGCUCAGGCUCUGCACGACCAUUUCAGCAGCCCAUGGGCCUUGCUUGGCUUCGUUGCUGCAAGCAUUGCGCUUUUUCUCACUUUCGUCCAGACGUGGUUGGCCAUGCACCCUCCUCCUCCUAAUGCUUAG